CCCUCCGAGGCAGUCUCCGCGGCGCUAUUCCCCAAGCCACACCCAGACCCAGUGGUGAGCAGCACGCUUCCCCUCCUAUACAAUACGUCCCCCGGACGAGACCCCGAGGCCAGAAAAUUCCCCAAACCAAACCACAUCCCCUCCCCUUCCCUGCUCCCGCGAGCUCACCGCCCGAAUCCAAGCUCCCGGCUGCUCGCGUGCGGUGCUGUCUGGAGCAGCUGCUUGUUCGCGCUCGGGUUGGGUCACCGGAGCUGGGAUCCGGGCGGAACUCCGGAUUUGGGGCCGGCCGGUUUCAUCCCGGUCCAUUGUUUUCGCCGCCGCCAAGCUGCCCGCAGCCGUCCUCGUGAAAAGAAGUUGCUGGUUCGUUCGCAGCGGUCUACAGUCUGAAAAAUGCAUCCCAAGGCUCGCAUCCACGCGGACCCGGCGGCGCCGGAGCCGGACCGGAUCGACGGCCUGCCGGACUCGCUCGUGCUGCUCAUCCUCAACAAGCUGGAGGACGUGCACUCGCUGGGCCGCUGCGCCGCCGUGUGCAGGCGCUUCAGCGACCUGGUCCCGCUCGUCCACGACGUCUACGUCAAGAUCGACCGCGUGGUGGCCGUGGACGGCGACCCCGACGACGCGCUCAACCUCUCGCCCCCCAAGCCCCGCCACAUCUUCUCCCACCUCCUCAAGCUCAUGCUCUUCACCAUCGCCAAGCCGUUCCACGGCAUGCGCGGCCCGGGCGGCGCGGGCGGCGGCCGGCCGCUGUUCCCGCGGCUCGCCCAGCACUCGCCCGUACAGGUGCUCAGGGGCUUCUCCCACGUCCGCAACCUCCGGGUGGAGCUCCCCUCGGGCGACGUCGGCACGGAGGAGGGGGUGCUGCUCAGGUGGCGCGCCAGGUACGGCAGCACGCUCCAGAGCUGCGUCAUCCUCGGCGGCACCCUCGUCGACCGCAAGCCCGCCGGCGCUGCCGGGCACGAGGCGUCGGCGGCGGAGGACGGCGGGAGCAUGCCGGAGUCCUUCUACACCAACGGCGGGCUGAAGCUGCGCGUGGUGUGGACCAUCAGCUCCCUCAUCGCCGCGUCGACGCGGCACUACCUGCUCCGGUCGAUCGUCAAGGAGCAUCCGACGCUGCGGAGCCUGGUGCUGGCGGACGCCGACGGCCAGGGGACGCUGUGCAUGGGCGCGGAGCAGCUCGCGGAGUUCAGGGAGAACCGGCUGGCGGCCUUGGCGUGCUCCAACAGGACGCAGGUGCCGGCGUGCAGCAUGAAGCUCAAGUACGCGCCGUACCUCGAGCUGCCCGGCGGCCUGGGGCUGCAGGGCGCGACCCUGGUCGUCAUCAAGCCGUCCAGCGAUGGAGCCGGCGGGUGUCACGUUGGCCGGAAGGAGACCGAAGCCUUUGUGUCCGGCGCGUUCGAUGGGCCGUUCAGGUUCGCGGCCAAGGCGCUGAUGAAGCGGCGCACCUAUCUGCUGGAGAUGAACGGAUUCUAGAUGCCGUUGAGGUGUUUGUGGAUGGAUAUCAUAUCUUGCUUUUGCAGUGCUUCUCAUGAGCAUAACUGUUUUCUGCUCGGGCAAAUGCAGCUUCUGAAUUGCGGUGUUGCUUGCAUUGCAUAUAAGCUGCUGCAUUACUCGUUGACAGAUGUGUGUGAGCGCUGCUGUCUUAUCUGUGGCGUUUGGGUGCACUCUGUUCUACUCGCGCGAUCCACUCCUCCAAAUUCCUAUAGUAGCAAUGGAAAUUUCCGGAAAAUUGACAUAUUGUAAAGAGACACACACUCUAUGAAGAAGCUUAGCUUUGUAUGUA